CUCAGCGGGGAGGGGGGUGAGGCGUGAGGAGGUUAUUCUCUUUAAUUUACAACAAUAACAACUUCGUGCCGUAGGCUGCGAUAACAGUUGCCGCUGCUGGUUGUUGUUAGGCGUUGUCAAGUGAGGGCGCGUGUUUACCGAGAGGCGGGGAGGUUGGUGGGGUGUUGAACCGGUUGCGAGGGCCCGCCACGCGCUUUGUAAAUAUCGCGCCGGCGUCUCCUCAUCAUCAUCCAGCAGCGGAUCGACCACGGCUGACGACAACGAGCGGUAGACGCCGCGUACAACACGUUCGCGUUGCGUUUGCGGUGGCCGCUGCGACGACAAAGUGCUCUCCAGAGCCUGGAGGCACGUUUCUUAAGCCCCAGACACCAACGGAGGCCACAACCUGCGACCGCCACCACUGCCGCCGGCUCCCGUCUGCGCCAUGCAGCAACCGGCGAAAGCCGCGGGAGGGUCUGGGGACCCUUCCAGGGCGGAGGCGAAGCCACAGCCGCAGGCGCCGCGCGUGCGGCUGUGGCUUCGUGACGAACCGUUUCGCGUUGGCGUGCUCCCCAUGGCGCCUCCCACCAAGCUGGGCGUCUACUACCUGCACAAGGUGGCGGCGUACGUGAGAAUUCGCCCGCUCGGAUUCCCCAGGCUGACCUGGCCAAUGUGGCGGCACGUGGCAUGCGGGAAGCUGCAACUUCCCGAGGAGGUGGCGUGGUUGUACAUGGAGAGCUGCGACACGCUGGCGCCCGAGUGGACGGCCCAGCGGCGCCUCGAGUGGGCCGAGGAGGUGUCCGAGUGCCGCUCGCGUGCCAGCACAGAGCAGCUGCGCGCGCAGCUGAGUGUGGACACGCUGCGGUUCCUACUCUUCCUCUACAUCCAGGAGUUGAGUCGCACGUCGCUGCGCCGCCACUCGCUGGUCGCGGAGGACUGGCCGAGUCCGCGGGGCCAGCCGGAUGAUCACGAGCAACGCUCUCUCACCCAGGGCAAGUAUCUGGAUGGCCAACAGCACCUGUCCUUCGUGAAGAGUGGCCUCUCCGACCUGCUCAAGUUGCUGCUGGAGCCCGCGGGGAUGCACGCCGUGCGCUGGAGCUCGCUGUCCGAGUCGCUGCUGCCGUUGUCGGCGCUGCGCACCCUCGACAUGCUGAUGGAGGGAUCGGCCGAUCGGGGCCAGCGCAUCCGCCCGCUCAGCGAGCUGGCCACCGCCGCGCAGGCCGACAGCGGCUUCCUACCAGGCUUGAAGGCCUUCUCGCUGAGGCCACUUCAGCUGUGGCUGCGCGACCACCUGAACCUCAGCCCCUACGGCAUGUCGGCGUGUCUGCAGCGUGGCCGUCACCUCUCCUGGGCGCAGAAUGGCGAGGGCACCGCGCAGCGCGCGUGCAUGCUGCGCAGUGGGCAGGGGACGCCGGCGGGCGCACGCGUGGUGAUGCUGAGGAAGGCGAGCCGGCAAACGCUGGCGCGCAGCUCGCCACGGCUGGCCGGCGCGCACGUGUGCAUCCACCGCUGCAGCGACUCUUUCAUCUACCUGCUGUCGCCGCUCAGGUCGGUUAGCAUCGAGCGAUGCCGACGGACGGUGCUGGUGCUGGGCCCCGUGGAGACGCACGUGACCGUGCACGGCUGCGAGGAUGUCACGGUGGUGGUGGCGUGUCGUCGCCUCGUCGCCUCUGCCUGCUCCGCCUGCACCUUUCACUUGCUCACGCCGUGCCGGCCGCUGCUGGUGUCAGCGCCCAGUGGCGACACCGGCAUCACGCUGGCGCCGUACCACACGCACUACCCGCUGCUGGAGGAGCACAUGGCUCGGGCGGGCCUCGCCGCCGUGCCCAACCGCUGGGACCAGCCGCUGUGCCUGGGCGGGCCUGAGGCCGAUGGCACCAAUGGGAAGUGCUACCGCCUGCUCCCUCCAAGCGAGCUGCACCUGCUGACGGUGCCGUUCGCGAUUGCGGGCGGCACCACGAGUGAGGUGCCGGGAGGGCUUCCCGGCGCGUACGAGCGGGCGCUGGCGGCGCGCGACCAGAGCGUGCAGGCGUGGCAGCAAACCAUGCGAUACGCCAACCUCACCAGGGAGAAGACGGAUCGGUUCCGGCUUCUGGUGAAGGAGUUGUUCUGCGAGUGGCUGAAGGACUCAGGCCACCAGAAGCAACUCGACGGGCUCAUCCCCACUCCCGAGCAGCACGCCACGCCGCCGUGACAGGGCGCCUUCGACACGGCGACGCGGUCACCAUCACCACCGUCGCCACGGCGACGCGGUCACCAUCACCACCGUCGCCGCGGAGACGCUGUCGUCGCCGUCGCCACGGAGACACUUCCACCGCCGCCACCGCUACGGUGACGCGGUCACCAGCACCGUCGCAACGGAGACGCGGUCACCGUCACCAACGUCGCCAGGUGACGCGGUCACCACCGCCGCUGCCGCCGAUACGAUAACACGCUCGCCGCCGCUGCUGCGGAGGUGGAGUUGCGGAGGUGGAGUUGCCGCGGCGAUGCAAGGCGCGACGCCGAGUCGAGCAGGCGUUCGGCAACCCGGCAACCACGUGGUAUCGCGAGUGUGACUACCGGCCGCUUAUGGUUUGCGUAUGUUGGAGCCGGUUGAAGUGGUUUCCCGUGGCCGUGUGUCACUGCAUUGUGGCCUUCUGAAUUCUGAGCGUUAACUUUAUACCCAUGAGAAUCCGAAAGGGGCCUUAGUCUGGCUCGGCAGGCCUCUGGAAAUAACCUGGACCCAAGCAAUGCUAAAGUUGCCUUAAUAUGGCUUUAUGACCCUUGGGAAGCCGUAGGAACCCGAGAGGUACCUUAACAUUGGAGUUCUGCGCGUUCGUCUGGCAUACUUUUGAAUGAGAGCCGUUUCAUGGGUUCUGUAUUCCUUUUACUGUGAUUUGUGUGCAGGUGUGUGUGUUGAGUGCGUCCAUAUCGGGAGUGGUGGCACAGUGGUCAGCACCCCUGCGCGACGAGCCCGGUUACCCGAGUCCUAUUUCCCGCCACGUCUAUAGGUCAAUGGAACUGGUGCUGGGCCUCCCCUAGGUUGGCUCGGCCUUCAAUAAAUUAGUAGUCGGUGCAGUGUGUAAACUUCAACACUGGGGAGACAAAGGCGGCUGGGCGUGGUGCUGGACAUACCACUCCCUUGAGUAACGCGCCGGAUUUAAUAGGUGCUCGCUAACGGCACUUGCCACCACUAACCGGCUGUGUCUUUAUGUGUGUGCGUGUUGUGUGGGGAAGCGUGUGAUGAAGCCUUUGACUGUGAGUUUAACGAUGAUAGAAAGCUACCAGCAACACCACAACCACUCCCAACGGUAGCAAAGCCAUCCACUGGUUACAGUGCAACCAGGCACGUCAAUCCACUGCAGGAUGGGGCUUCCCCAUGCUAUCAGAGUUACAGGGGUCAUUUGACCAAAUUUCAUCAUGCUGGUCAUGAGGAUGAGGCCGGGAGGGAGGGAGGGGAGGGGAGG